AUGGCGACGAGCACAGGAGGAGGAGGAGGAGGAGGAGGAGGAGGAGGAGGAGGGGGAGGAGGAGGGCUAGUGCGACUGUACAACAUUAGUUGGUUUGGCGUCGUCACCUGCUCAGUGUUACUCAUCGUUUGGGCCGCAGCCUUGACGGAUCCGACGUAUGCCCAACAGCAACAGCAACAGCAACAGGGUUAUCAACCAAAGUGGCAACAACAAGAAUAUCAACCAAAAGCUCAACCGCAACAACCAUCUCAACAGCGGUCAUUGGCGUACCCGAACCUGGACCGGACGGCACAACUGGCAUCCGACAGAUCUCGAUACGAUUCUGCAGACCUCUCCGCGGCGGCAGAGUUCCAAGGAUCAGCCGUCUCGGCGUUCUGCAAAUCCUUCUCCUUUCUCUGUCACGUCCGAUGUUUACAACGUGGAGAUCCUCGCGAUGCCGGAAACGUCGGCCCCAACAACAGUGGCAGCACCAGUCCUGGAACCAACAGUCGAGGUAGGGGGGAGAUCAACCGGUGCGCGUUCUUGAGUGGGUCGAGUUCCAUCCGAGUUUUGUGUGUGUGCAACAAUGGUGUGGAUUUGACGGCAGAGGUGGACUACGCGUUGGAGGGGGUGGUCGAUAAUGGACAGGGAAAUGCUGGUACUGGGGAGGCGGGUCGGAUCCGGAAGGUGGCAUAUUUGACGAGCACGGUGACGGUGACGAAGACCAAGACUUUGCCAGCUGUGACCAAGACGACUAUCUUCACAAUGGUGGACUAUGACAGGAGGAGGAACAGCAAUCGGGAAGCACUCUCAAAACUGAAGAAGGAGCUCUCUCAAGAGAAAAAGAUAUGGGUCAACUUGGGAGACAUGUUUAUCAAGUUGCCCAAGGAGAACGUCCAGACGAUGAUCAAGAAAGAUCAGACGACAUUGGACGAGGAGAUCUUGGAUAUCAGGGAAACAAUGAAGCAGAAAGUGGUCGAGCUCGAGCAACUGGAAGGAGGCGAUGGGUCAAAAUCAAGAGCCUUCCAACUCAAAGGCAUGUCCAAAUAA